AUGGAUCACCUGCUGAUGGUGUUGGUGUUGCUGUGCAGCUCAGGACUCCAGGCUGAAGAUGAUCACCAAUCAGGUAAAAACAGAGAAUGUAUGUCAUGUGGUCUGGGAACACCUCUGAUCCUCCAGGAGGAGCUGGAGGACGUUACUCACACCUCCAUCAGUGGUUCUCAGUGUGACAGCAAAGCCGAGGCCGACAUCGUGCUGUUUGUCGGCACAUCUGAGAGCGUCGCCUCUGAAGACUUCAGCAACAUUAAGUCCUUUCUAACUCAAGUAGUUAGCAUCUUUGACAUCGGCCCUGACAAAGUCCAGAUCGGUCUGGUUCAGUACAGUGACAACAGAUUGAUCAAGUGGGAGCUGAACACACACCAGACUAAUCAAUCCCUGCUGGAGGCCAUAACCAACCUGCAGCAGACAGGAGGAGCCACACACACAGGAGAGGCUCUGAAAGAAAUCCUAGAUAAGCUCUUCAAACCCGAACAGGGAAUGCGUGCAGACUCUAAAAGAAUUGCUGUCCUGAUCACUGACGGAGAAUCUGAGGAUGACGUGGUCUUACCGUCACAGCGCCUCAGAGACACCGGAAUUGAGGUCUACGCAAUCGGCGUUAAGGAAGCAAACAAGGCUCAGCUGAGGGCCAUAGCCUCAGAUCCUGAUGAAAUUCACAUGUUCAAUGUCAGCGAUUUCUCGGUCCUCAGGGACAUCGUUGGCAACUUCACCAUCAACCUCUGUAACAGUGCCACCAACUACAGCGUCGAGCCUGUCAGGUUGGUGGGAGGAGCCAGUCGAUGUGCAGGUUCACUGGAGGUGAAACAUGGAGAGUGGAGACCAGUGAGUUCCUAUAUCUUGGCUCUGAAGGAAGGAGAUGUAAUAUGUAGAUAUUUGGACUGUGGCUCUGCUGUUUCAACAGGAAACAGGAAGUUAGACUCAUACAGAUCUGUAUGGAGGAUCAGCUCUGACUGUGUUCAGUCUGGAUCUGACCUGAGGGACUGUGCAUCAUCAAGUUCCUCUUCCUAUAUCUCGGAGCUCACCUGCUCAGACUCUGUCAGGCUGGUGAAUGGGACUAGUCUGUGUUCAGGCAGACUGGAGGUGAAGUCUGAGCAGUCGUGGUCCUCAGUGUGUGAAGCUGACUUUGACCAGCAGGAUGCAGAGGUGGUCUGUAGGGAUCUUGGCUGUGGGGCUCCUUUAGUCCUCCAGGGGGCGCUCUAUGGAGAAGUGGAGGCUCCAAUGUGGACCAAAGAGUUCCAGUGUGGAGGCAAUGAGUCUGCUCUCCUGGACUGUAGAAGAUCAGACUCAGCUAGAAGAACCUGCUCACCUGGUAAAGCUGUUGGACUCACCUGCUCAGAGCCUGUCAGGUUGGUGGGAGGAGCCAGUCGCUGUGCAGGUUCACUGGAGGUGAAACAUGGAGAGUGGACACCAGUGAGUUCCUAUUACUGGACCCUGAAGGAAGCAGAUGUAUUAUGUAGAUAUUUGGACUGUGGCUCUACUGUUGCAACAACAAGUAGAAAGUUAGACUCAACCAGAUCUGUUAGGAGGAUCAAUGAUGCCUGUGUUCCUUCUGGAUCUUAUCUGAGGGACUGUGUAUUUUCAGAUUCCUCUUCCUCCAUCGUGGAGAUCACCUGCUCAGACUCUGCCAGGCUGGUGAAUGGGACUAGUCUGUGUUCAGGCAGACUGGAGGUGAAGUCUGAGCAGUCGUGGUCCUCAGUGUGUGAAGCUGACUUUGACCAGCAGGAUGCAGAGGUGGUCUGUAGGGAGCUUGACUGUGGGUUUCCUUCAGUCCUCCAGGGGGCGCUCUAUGGAGAAGUGGAGGCUCCAAUGUGGACCAAAGAGUUCCAGUGUGGAGGCAAUGAGUCUGCUCUCCUAGACUGUAGAAGAUCAGACUCAGCUAGAAGAACCUGCUCACCUGGUAAAGCUGUUGGACUCACCUGCUCAGAGCCUGUCAGGUUGGUGGGAGGAACCAGUCGCUGUGCAGGUACACUGGAACUGAAAUAUGGAGAGUGGAAACCAGUUAGUUCCUCUGACUGGACCCUGGAGGAAGCAGAUGUAAUAUGUACAUAUUUGGACUGUGGCUCUGCUGUUGCAACAGGAGGCACAAAUGAAGACUCACUCAGAUUUGUAUGGCGCAUCAGCUCUGACUGUCUUCGGUCUGGAUCUGCACUAAGUACCUGUGUAUCAUCAGUUCACACUACCUCCUUCAUGGAGAUCACCUGCUCAGUUCAGAAGCAGAGGCUGGUGAAUGGGACUAGUCUGUGUUCAGGCAGACUGGAGGUGAAGUCUGAGCAGUCGUGGUCCUCAGUGUGUGAAGCUGACUUUGACCAGCAGGAUGCAGAGGUGGUCUGUAGGGAGCUUGGCUGUGGGGCUCCUUCAGUCCUCCAGGGGGCGCUCUAUGGAGAAGUGGAGACUCCAAUGUGGACCAAAGAGUUCCAUUGUGGAGGCAAUGAGUCUGCUCUGCUGGACUGUAGAAGAUCAGACUCAGCUAGAAGAACCUGCUCACCUGGUAAAGCUGUUGGACUCACCUGCUCAGAUCCUGUCAGGUUGGUGGGAGGAGCCAGUCGCUGUGCAGGUUCACUGGAGGUGAAACACAUAGAGUGGAGACCAGUGAGCGAAAAAGGCCAGUAUCAGACUUUCCCUGACUGGACCCUGAAGGACGCAGAUGUAGUAUGUAGAUAUCUGGACUGUGGCUCUGCUGUUGCAACAGGAAGCAGAACUUUAGACUCAGGCAUAUUUGUAUGGAGGAUCAUAUCUGACUGUCUUCAUUCUGGAUCUGCACUGUUAGACUGUGUAUCAACAUCAGAUUACUCUUCCUCCAUCUUGGAGAUCACCUGCUCAGACCUGCUGCUUCAGCCAAUCAUCUCUGUGUCUCCUACCAUGGACGGGGUCUCCGAGGCCCAGCAGCAGGGGUUUCAGGUUCUCCGAUCAUACAACUACACCCAGCCAGCUGUCAGUCACUCUGCUGACUUCCUGUUUCCUGCUGCAGACCCCGCCCACCAAGGAAACUACAGCUGUGUUUAUGGCGUCUAUGUUUUUUCUCAUAACUUCUCCUCUGAGAGUCGUCUGCUUUCUCUCACUGUCACAGGUAAGCUGAAGCAGAGUGUGAAGCUCAGUCCAACUGAGACGUCACACUGACUUUGUUUCCAUGUUUGAUAAAAAGUCAUGAGGCAGCAGGAGCGACCCAGCGACCUACAGAGAGCUGAGUCACAAUCUGAUGAAGGAGCUGUAAACUGUUUCCUUCCCGGCUUCUUUAACAUUAUUCAACCAUAACAACUGUGUUGUAGUGGAAAGUAAAAGUGAAGCCAGAUAAGCACUAUAAUGAUAAUAAACAGGGCUUUACAUGAUGAACUCAGAGCUUCACCAGGAUCACAUCUGAUUUAACUGCAUGUAAAGAUGUUGACUGUUAACAAUCAGUUGAAUCA